AUGAACACGCCUUCGACCACACCGUACUCGCCUCUCAGCACGAUCCUGCCCAGGGGUCGUCCUGGAGCUAUCACAGCCAAGCAACAACCCGGCGAGCCCCCGACCGGUGAGCUGCCGUUCAUGACCGACGACAAGUUGCGUGAAUCGCUGGCACUUCCGGCGUUCCAGAGCGAGGUUGCGUUCAUGCUCAAAUGCAUCCAGAAGGAAUCCAAGGGCGGCACGUCGUGGCGGCGCGUCAUGCUCUCGCAAAUCACCCGCUGUCUGCAAAAGUACCAGCGGCUCCUGUCUCCUUCCGUCUACGAACAAAGCAUUGUCGAGUUUGGCGAGCAGCUUCUAGACUUGGAGAUUUUUGAAGAGAUUGCUCGUCGCGUGUGCUUUGCUCCCUUCUUGCGGCCAGAUGACGGCGCUGAUCUCGGCCCCAACCAGGCUGCGUCUCGCCAUACCGUUUCGCCGGCCACGGCCCAAGGCAUCCUGCGAAACAGUGCCGCCUCAGCGGCGGAAUCGACUACGAGUGGUUCGCAGCUCGUUGUGCACCACAAUCGAAAAACGCUUGUCUUUCGAUCACGCCUUGGCUCAGCCGUAUGUGAUUUUCGCCUGGCGAUAAGCAUGAAUCCCAGCCUCAGCUCCAAGGACUCGCUCGAUCUUGUGCUCAAGGCCUUAUGCGAAAUUCAGAGGGGUAUGCCGUUUCUCCUGUGGUCUAUCCUAUGUCUGGAAACCUACCCGCCACUCCUGAGGGCCUCGGAACUUCCGUGGCGAAUGGAGCUCUACGAGCUGGCAUUCUCGUUUUAUAUUGCAAUCGAUGCGGUCACCGAAGGUGUCGAGUUUGUCGAGCGCGCCUCUCGAAAAAUAAGUGAGCUCGAGCUCCUCGAGCAAGCCUGUCAUGACAAUCAACUCACAGCCGAGACAAAGGUAAUUCUCGGCCAGGCGAUAAAGAAACUGGCGAAAGUAUCCACGUCCAUGCGAUUCAAGCUCGCGCUUGCACCGGCGGCAAAUAUCACAGAGCUUCCAGCCAUCCUCAGCAAUUUGCUCAAGAGCUGCCAGGCAGCAUGUUCCACCGGAACCGAGGCAUAUCCAAGCACUGACAAUCCGCAGGGACCCCUGGGGACCAUGGAGACCUCCGAGAGCCAAGAAAACCUGCUGGCUUUCGUCAUCGGCGGCAAGAACCCGACACGAUCCACCGAUCCAGACGGAGCAAAGGCAUCUACAACAGCGGAUACAGCGACCGAGGCCUCCACUCCGGCAGCCAAGGCACCCACCAAAGGCAAGCGGACACGGCCUCCACCUAUCCCAGAAGAGUCCCCAGAAGAAAAACUCAGAAAGGCCGUCAAACUUGGCUUGUGCAAGAUUGUUGGUCUGGGCUCCAGCUUCGAAUCACAGCUGUCUAUUGCCAUCAGCAUCGUCCACAUGUUUUUGGGCCAAGCGCUCGAUAACCUGGUCACGGAUCGUUCAUACGAAGUCGUUAGCCCAUCGGAUUACGUCAUACAGGCGCUCCUGGAUAUCAGCACCCGGAUUCUAUUUGAGAUUCCAGAGUCUGCGAUCAGCGACGAUCUGCUUCAGCGGGUCCCGCACAGCUAUAUCGCAGCAGCAGGUGCUUGCGGGCGCAUCAGCAUGUUUGCUACCGAGGAUCUCAUCAACCUCUCGCGCAUAUUUUUCUACUACCGACAGUGGGAUCGUUUUGACGCGAUGAGGGCAUCGGGGCUGUCCAGUCUGCUGGCGCUUGACCCAGUAUUUUCGAGCGAACUGGAGCUGCGUGUUUCGAUCGCUCAAUUUCUGAAGGCCUCUCACUCAGCGCGCCACGUCGGGUUUGGCCCAGAUGUGCCUGUAACCGGUACCAUGGCCGAUCUGGCCCACCAUCGCCUGGUGGUCACCCAGCAUAUCGAAUUGGCAGUCAAGUGCGUGACGGCCGCGCUGCAGAGGUUUCUGAUGCAUGCGCACGAAUCCGACUUUUGUUCGGCCUAUUGCUUUGCCGCAGUGACAAUCUUGUGGAAGUUCAUCGAGCCAUACGUCCGCGACAUCCGCUUCCUGUCGGACGAGUACUACAUCGACGAAGAAAACGUCCUCGUCGACACGAUCAGAUUCAUGCACGAUGUUUUUACCGUCUUUCCGAUGAAGGACAACUUGUUCGCUCUAAAGGUCAGCAAGAGACUCUCCAUCAUUUACGAGUGCUGGGGACUCUAUUCUGAGGCGGCUACUGUCUUGGAAACGACACUACAGCGGAUCCACAAACUUCGCUCGUUCAUGGGCGAUGGUCGACUCCAAAAUCCAACAAAUGCGCCACGAUGGUGGGCCGGAAACGAGCAGUACUCUCGUAAUCCACGAUCGCAGGGCCUUGAAUUCUCGGAGCUCGACGUUUCUGCGGCGUAUAUCCGCUGCAUGCUCAAGCUCAAGCGAAAGUGGCUUGCAGAGGCAGAGACUGUCGGAUCGGCCCCACCCAAGUCGCGAUUUCAUGAAGUCACGCAAGCGAUACCACGAAUCGGCUGCAACAUCAUUCUGGAGACCGUUGCCAUACUAUCCUAUGUCGAUGUCUUUGAGGAUAAACAGCGCGAAGAAACAGUGGCACAGCUCCUGGACAUGGCCUAUCAACUUCUCCGGACGUGCCCCGUUGGGAUACAGAGUGCCAAUAACGCCAACCAUACCAACGGCACCACCGGCUCCAAGGGCUCCAAGGGCACCUACAACACCAAGGGCUUCAACAACACCACCAAAGCCUGCUGCAGCGAUCUCGCUUCGGUCAGAUCAAAGAAAAUGCGCGAAAGAGUGCCUUGUCUCAUCCGUCAAACCCCAAGCUCGCUGAGCUUGAUUGUUUCACCCGUCGCGGGUAUGAAGGGAGAUCUCUUCCAGCUGUUUUGUAAAUCUGCCGGACCGGGGAUGCUCUCGAUAAGUUGCAUGGACUAUCUUGGCACAGGAGAGUCUUUCUCCACAUCCAAUGGACCCCAGGAAAUCUGCAUCUCGGGACUGACUCCGAACCAAGCCUAUGUCGUCGGAGUAUGCCAAUGCAAUUCAGCCGGCACGCCGAUCGGACCGAUUGGGGCAUCGACACUACCUCUGGUCACCACGUUUCCGCUGCCAGCCAAUCUUGCUUGGGCCUACAUGGCCCAGCUCGCAUUUGCAAAGGGCUUCAAAAACAUUGCAAUGCUGGCGAUGGAGCAUUUUUGGAGCAUAUUUGUGGCAUCGACUAUCGACUGCGCCCAGCUCAGGGUCCUCCAAUCGGCAAGUCUUCAGGACCUGUUUGUGCUGGACAGAGCUGCUCUUGCCGCUGCAUCACCAAUCGAGAUUGUGUCCUUCAUUCAGCUUAUCCAUGCGUCCUGUGAAAGCGAGGCAUCGCCCAACGAGGGCACCCAUUUCCAAAUUCUGUACGGCACCCAAACCCUAGAGUGUGAGCUCACGCAUUUGAAAAUCUGCCGCAACUAUCUUCUCGCCAUUGAGCUCGCAGCCGCGAUCCAGAACGACGAGCUUGCCGUGACCGCGGCGGUGCUUUGUUACAAGUACCUUUCUGUGCUCCUGCAAGCACACAAGCUCAGUGCAUUCAUAUUCCACGCCCUACGCAUCGGUCACGAUACGCUACUUCGAUGCUCGAAUGCCCUCGGGAACGACCGCGCGCUUGUGCUCUCCGAAGUCUUUGUGCCCCUGACCUUCCAUCUCUCUCGAAAUCAGCUCAUGACCUCGUCAGCCGAGGCUUCGCUCUCGAUCGUCCACUCUUACUGCCAUACAGACGACUUGCGUAUCUGGAACUCGGCAGCCCUUGAAAACCAGUGGCUUGGCUUUGUCCAGAAGCCCAAAGCCAUCCGAUAUGGCAAGCGCCGGACGACCUACCACGCCGACUUUUUCUAUCACGCUAUUGUCUCGACCACAACAAACUACGCGCUGGGAUACCAACGAGCGUAUCGCAGAGUGGAUCUCUUUUGCGAGUACCUCGAGGCCUUAUCGGGUCGUGGGAGUGGCCUCAAAUUGGUUUCAAAGGAUACCGAAGUAAAAGACCGCCGGUUCCUGGAUAUCCAGACAACGAUGCGAGAGAUCAUGUCGGUAUUUGAGGGCUCUGGAAUCGAGGGAAUAAUGCAAGAUUUAACUCGUUUCCAGAAGAACCCACGAUAUUUAGAGAUUGUCUCCAAGCUCUGCCGGCUGUGCUUUGAGAGCGGGCACGCAGAGUCGGCAGCAAAAGCUCGGGAAGACGAUCAAGUUUCCAUCGGCGCAGCGUCGAGCGGCGUCGACGGCGAAGCCAAAGUCCUGGACGGGAGUCUAGCCACCCGCCCGCUCCGAAUGGCAGCUCGCAUGGCAUACUUUGGCGGUCUCCCGCCAGCCGAGCGUGAGCGCAAGGAGCGAGCUUGUCAGGUUCUCGAUCAGCUGCUUUUGUCUGACAAUCCGAGCCGAGGCACUGCCAACUCGGAACAGAUGAUCACCCGGAGCAUCUCGGAGGCUCUCCAAAGCUUCGCCCAGGCGUGCCACCUAUCCUUGCGCUCUGGGUGCUGGCUCAAGCUUAUCGAAGCAGCCAAAGAUCUUUGGGACACAUUCUGGGCCUUUUACAUCCGAAGAUUGAUCUGUAUUCCAGGCACAGGAUGGGAGCAGCAUCUAUGGCGAGCCUUCUACGUGGCCGCGGUGUCGCUUCUGGAUAUGCUCCAAAGAGUUGGUUUCAGCACCGAGCCUGAGUUUUCGCGAACGAUGACCAGUCAGCAGUAUUCUCUCGAGGUUCACCCGGCAGGCCUUGCCGAAAUGAAGCAUCGCAUAUCCUGGCGAGAUCGAGAUGGAGUGUCGCAGUCGCAUUUCCUCGAUCUCUGGUGGUGCCGCCAGAUCGUGGUGUACUCUGUGCAUCUUCUCAGAAUCUACCAGAAGCAACAUCGGGCAACAGAAAUUGUCAAUGUUUUUGCGGACGCAUUCCCAGGCUGGAAAUCUACCGCCUUUGUUAAUCACAUGCAUUCACAACCACACACUCAGCCACUUUCGAGCCCGAACGACUUGAUGAUGCUUGCCAUUGAUCAGGGGCGAUCCCUGUCGAUCUACAACAAAAACUCCACGCUCAAACCAGAAAUCGCGCUCUCGGAUGGAGACCGUGACACACUACUUCACGAUAUAACCGAGCGUUACCGCAGUGUGCUUUCUCCGGUUACUGGGUCAGAGAGCCGUCUGUCCCUUGAUCUCCAAGCGCUCUCUGGUAACGAGCUCGGUGACUUUCUCUAUGCGCAGAAGGAUAGUGCUCGCUGCGGCGCGGCUUGGUUCUCAGCCCUUGAUGCCCUGUUUUGCGCUCGCCACUCCAUCAAGAAUCUUCCGGAGCUCCUGGAUGCAUCUGUUCUCCAACGUAUCGGCAGCAGGAAGAAUGCACUCUUGGCGACUAUGAUCCUCGUCAAGUUGGCCAUGAUCACUUACUACGGCAGAUUGAACAAACAGCUCUAUCUAAUCCGAAGCGCGGGGACGCUGUUGAAUAUUCUCCUUCCCCAGUCUCGUGAGCUGCCAUUGUUUGGACUGCAAACUCCCAAGCUCGGGGAUAAGAGCGAUCUCGCAUUCUGCGAUCCGAUAUUCUUGGAUCAGUUUGUGUUUCCGCCGGCUGAAACGGUUGCGCUGCUGAAGCUGCUGGUGAUGAUGCUGUGGGAGAUUGAGUUCUACGAACCUUGCUUUGGGGCGCUCAGGCUAAUGGAUUAUAUCACCAGUGAGAUUUGUCCGGAUAGCAAUCUCUCGGCCGAGGCGACAUUGCUGCGGAUACGAACCUUGAUAAGAAUGGGUUACGUUGCCGAGUCAUUUGCAUCUCUGUCGUCGAUACUGACCGAGAAGCGGCAAAUUGUCAGACUUCCAACCCAUCCGAGUCAGACCCGGCGCGACCCUGCUGUUCUCCAAACGGAUCCGACGUUCAGUAACACAGACUCGGUCUUUCACCCGGCAAAUCUCAUUGUCCUCGACAGCCUUCUCAAGACACCGCUUCACGAUUAUCUCAAGUCCGGACACGAUCCCUCCAUCGCCAGCGAGACAGUUCUGGCUUUCGCCGAACUGAUCUUUGAGCUCGCUAGCAAGCAACGAGAAGCUCUAGCGAGUGUAUCCGAUAUCGGUACUUUGCUGAACAAGAGCUGGGCCGACAUUUCAGCGACUGUAGUCGAUGAACUUGUGUCGGUGGCGCCUUCUUCGUCCGAGGCACUUCUUCAAAGCCCAACUCAUCGCGCCAGACAGCUUCAUCUUGAGCACACCCAGCUAUUGGAUUCGGUUAGCGCCUUUGCGCUCAACGCUGUAUCGCUAACAGAGGAGUAUCUUGCAAAUCAAGCAUCGCAAUUUUCCGACCCAGCCCUCCAUGUGAACUGCCUUGAAUUGAAGUCGCGAAUUCAGCACACACUCUACAAUGAUGCGGUUGGUGCCACGGAGAGCAUUAUAGCAGCGCAGAGCCUCCUCAAAGCCUCAGAGCGACAACACCCGCUUUGGCCAGUCCUUUGGCUGAAUGCUGGCUUGUCACGGAAUAUCUACGAGUCUGCCACAAAAACCGAAUCGCUUGAGGCCCUAUGGUCACAGUUCGAGAAGCAGGCGAAUGAGUUUCAUUCCCACCACCAUCUGCUUUACUCAUUCACAGCAAGACUGCAGGACCUUCAGCGCAAGUAUCCACUGUUACUUGACGAGAAGCUCAAGGAAACCAGACCCGUGAUCGAGCGAAUGUUGCAAGAUGCCGAUGAAUGGGUCGACAGACGCCAUCAUUCGAGGCUGAUGUGGGAAUACGCUCUGUCACUUGAGCUGUUUCAAGAGCGACUGCAGCCUGCUGUUGAGCUGGAGCGUCGCUUUGUUGCGACAUCCGCCGCGGAAUACGACCACGACCAAACUCCCAGCUCCACGAUUCACUCGGACAUCUUGAACUUGAUUGUUCAAAGCAAAGUGCUCACCUACCGCAGCGAGCCUGACGAGAAUAUCGAUGCUUUCGUCGACGCAUCGGCAGCGAAAGGAGACUAUAUCCUCUUGGUGGGAUCCCUUAUCCGCCAAGAGGAGCGAGACAGGUAUAUUCUCGCCGCACGCAGGAUCAGCGGGGCACAGAUUGCCGAUAUCGUAAGGCAGCUCAGCCACUGCGAGAGAACACUACAGCAGCACAUCGAUACCGACGAUGCCGAACUUAUGACAGCGGCAGCCAGGUCAUAUGCUUCCGUACUGGCCGCCAUCGAAUCCACGCUCAUGAGCGGCAAUGUCACGCUGCUCUCGGACCGCCCGCCCCUGAGCCAUAAUAGUCUCCAAACGCUGUUGGGUGUGUUUGACCACCAAGCGAUUUUGCCGGAGAAGGUCAUUCCCCAGGACUCGGGCCGCUUCCGCCUCAUCUUUGACAUCAUCCGCACCCCCAGCGCCUAUGGAAGUGCUGCAAACCAGGCGCACAUGAUGAUCCAGAAGCAAGAGCAAGAAAUCAAUGAAUUGAGGGCCCGAAUCCAGAACCUCAGCCUGGCUCUCGGCGACCCCGACACUCGAGAGAAGCUAAUUGAGGAGAACAAUCGCCUGAAAAGCCAGCUGAACGACUCCCAAGAAGAAACGGAAUCCCUCAGGCGGAGUUUGGAUGCCGCGAACUCCACCAUCAAUCGGCUCGAGUACGAGAUCAACUCUCUGCGUACAAUCAAUCGCACCAACCAAGAAAUCGUCCGUACGCCGUUGAAGAAGUCGACUUCGCUCAACAGCCUGUUCGAACUCGACUGUGGAGAGGUCAAACACGGAGACGAGCACUUGCGUCGCUCGAACUCAGUUGGAGAUAUCGUCACGGAUGCCUUCGACAGCCGAGCGUUAUAUUCGUCGACAUUCCGAAGGUCGCAGAGUCGGAGGGUCUCGGCCGACUGCCUUCAAGCCUCCACACGGAGCAUGAACUCGAUGGAGCUCAAAUACAGGCGAGUGUCGGCCGACAACAUUGGCAACCUGUCGAUCGGCUUUGAGCAGCUAUUAUCGAAUGGACAUGGAGACGAGAGCCUCGUCAGUACCUCUCUAUGGAAUCCGGCCCAAUCGGAGGAUGAGACUUCACAGCCGCCUCCAAGAAAGAGCCAGGGUCCGGGCACUCUUCAAAAUUCCGUCUUUUCCCAACGUGUUCCGUUGGCUGGAGCUCGCAUGGCGCUGCAAGAUCCGAACCACAGCAUGAUGCCGAGCUAUGACGACGACUACUCUCUCGACUUGAUGGAAGCCAAUCAGUCGUUUUACCUGGACGAUCCGUUGAUGGAAAACAGCGCAUACAUCAACCUCUCCAAUUAUGUGCACGACGACAGCCUCUCCACUUCAUCGGGAGGGCUGCAGCGAAGUCGGAGGCCCGACCGCCCAAGAGGUUUGAGUCGACUGAACCGAUCGAUUCUGCUUGGCGACGAUGGCCAGGCCAGGAGGCCACCGGAUUCAUCCACAAGUGCAGUAGCAGCCCAUCCCGACAAUGUCCAGAUCCCGGCGGCUUUUGCCGACCCAGGCUACGUGUUUCCACAGUCUGCUCCUCAGAAGCCCAAGCGAUACAGCGCUCCUGGUCACGGAUACACAGCCGAGGAGAUUGCUGCCGCUGCAGCAGCCGAGGGCCCUUCGAAGAUCAAGCACGCUCGGUCGUCGGAGCUUGUGUUUGCUGCUCGUGUGCCAUUGCAGGCCGGCCAUGGCUUCGAUGGCGAGGGAGACGAGGUUUACGCUCGACAGCAGCACCAUCCGUUGUCUCGGAGUCCUCAGGCAAGCCACACGACGAUUUCUUCUCCAGCCACCGAAGCCCGGUCAAGUUCCCGGGCCGAAGUAAUGGAUGAUCUUGCAGGGUCAGUGGAAGUUCCUGUGGUUGUCGGCUCGCAGGGCUCGGAUCGAUCAUAUUUAGAACGAUAUAACGCUGAACGCAGAAGACAGAGCGAGGUUUCGGUGCAUACCGUAAGCCCAUCCGAACAUCGCGAUAAACCUAUGGGCCAGAAUGAAUCGCCUGCACUCGAUGUGCGCGACCUGGUCGCCCCGCACCAAGUUCCCAGCGGAGCAACACCUCGAAACUACAAAGAUAUAUCGGCGAUCUUGGCACGCCAGCAAGAACUGGAGGACAAGACCAAGUGGCUCGAGCAAACCGUGCUCAGUCUGCUGAAAAACCAUCGGGCCAACACUUGA